GGGGUGGUGCAGCAUUUCUGUCUCCGUUCCCCUGGCCCUGCUCCCUGUGUCCCUGCUGAUCAGCAACUGUGUGUGCUCACUGAACAGGCAAUCACACCGCAGUCUGAAGCUUUCUGCUGACUGAAGAGGAAGAAGGAAAACAAGAGCCUUGCAACAACUCCCUAUCACUGUUGUACAAUCCAAAUUCAAGCCUUUGGUGGCUCUGGGAAAGUGGCAGGAGCUCUGCUUGACACCAUUAACCUUGACCAUCAGGGUAUUUAUGUUCCCCCCUGGCAACACAGAUGAGCUGGUCAUGAAACACCUACCGUUGACAUCCUGGAACUGUCUAGCCCUGAAAAUGCCUGUAAACUCCAUACCUUGACAAUUUUCAGCACCGUUUUCCAGAACAUUCAAAAAGAAGUAGCUUUGGAAGAAUCCCCCAAUUCCUCAUCCUCAGAGCUUCAGGAUAGCCAACAAGUCUGGGUACAAGCUUGGUAUCUACUUUGCUCACACCAGUCCUCCUGAACAUCAGAGUACCAAGAGCCAGAAGUUUGUUUCCUGGCCAUCUCCAGCUGUUAUUGCACCUCCUGGCACAGGAAACAGAGCCACUGAGCACAACGCAUCUUCAGGAUGACAAUCACAUCACAUGGAUCCGAGGGCCUGGAAUGAGCAGGAUGACAGGUUGUUGUGGUCACCGCAUUCCUUAAGGCUGUGUGAAGUUUUGCUGGAGGCUGGUAGGCUGGCAACGAUGCUCUUCAGACACCCAGUGUGAUCUUUAUUCAACCAGGGAAGGAUGCCAACUGUGAGUUUUGUCCAGGGAUUUCACUCAGCUGCAAGAAGACUGUGCUGACAUACUCAGAUGACAUUAUAUUGCUCUGUUUUGCUCUGCUUGGAAAGGAAGGCAGACUUGCUACUUGAGGAUGCGCCAUAACGCAUCGCCCCUCUGUGGCAAGCGACACCUGAAAGGAAAACUUCUGCAUAUCAAUGCACUGCCAAUGGUGGUGUAAUACCAGGGGCUGUACUGCUGCCACAUCACAAUUUUGUGGGGUUUCAGAGAGUAGUUCUGGGUUGUGUCCUUUGUUGUGACCUCAUGGUUUAACUGGGAAUAAAGAUGAGUAUAAGCAGUGAUGAGGUUAACUUCCUGGUUUAUAGAUACUUACAAGAGUCAGGGUUUUCCCAUUCAGCAUUUACCUUUGGUAUAGAGAGCCAUAUCAGCCAGUCCAAUAUAAAUGGUGCUCUGGUGCCACCAGCUGCUUUGAUUUCCAUCAUUCAGAAAGGUCUGCAGUAUGUAGAGGCGGAAGUCAGUAUUAAUGAGGAUGGUACCUUGUUUGAUGGUAGGCCGAUAGAGUCUCUCUCACUGAUAGAUGCAGUGAUGCCUGAUGUGGUACAGACAAGACAGCAGGCCUACAGAGAUAAACUUGCACAACAGCAGGCAGCAGCUGCUGCAGCUGCAGCUGCAACAAACCAACAGGGAUCAGCAAAAAAUGGUGAAAAUACCGCAAAUGGGGAAGAGAAUGGAGCACAUACUAUAGCAAAUAAUCACACAGAUAUGAUGGAAGUAGAUGGUGAUGUCGAAAUCCCUCCCAACAAAGCAGUGGUGCUGCGUGGCCAUGAAUCUGAAGUAUUCAUCUGUGCCUGGAAUCCCGUCAGUGACCUUUUGGCCUCAGGAUCUGGAGAUUCAACAGCACGGAUAUGGAACCUCAGUGAGAACAGCACAAGCGGCUCUACGCAGCUGGUACUUCGACACUGUAUACGAGAAGGAGGGCAGGAUGUACCAAGCAACAAAGAUGUGACAUCCCUAGAUUGGAACAGUGAAGGUACACUUCUAGCAACUGGGUCUUACGAUGGCUUUGCAAGGAUAUGGACUAAAGAUGGUAAUCUUGCCAGCACCUUAGGGCAACAUAAAGGUCCUAUAUUUGCGUUAAAAUGGAACAAGAAAGGAAACUUCAUUUUAAGUGCAGGAGUGGACAAGACCACAAUUAUUUGGGAUGCCCACACUGGUGAAGCCAAGCAGCAGUUUCCGUUUCAUUCUGCACCAGCAUUAGAUGUUGAUUGGCAGAGCAACAACACAUUUGCCUCUUGCAGCACGGACAUGUGCAUUCAUGUCUGUAAACUAGGACAAGAUAGGCCCAUCAAAACCUUCCAGGGUCACACAAAUGAAGUAAACGCAAUCAAAUGGGAUCCAACUGGUAAUCUUCUGGCAUCCUGUUCAGAUGAUAUGACUCUAAAGAUCUGGAGUAUGAAGCAAGACAGUUGUGUCCAUGACUUACAAGCACACAACAAAGAAAUUUAUACUAUCAAAUGGAGUCCUACGGGACCAGGAACAAAUAAUCCAAAUGCCAAUCUUAUGUUAGCAAGUGCAUCCUUUGAUUCUACUGUUCGGUUAUGGGAUGUAGACAGAGGAAUCUGUAUUCAUACUCUGACAAAACAUCAAGAACCUGUGUACAGUGUAGCUUUCAGUCCUGACGGCAGGUACCUGGCCAGCGGCUCCUUUGAUAAAUGUGUACACAUCUGGAACACACAGACAGGUGCCCUAGUUCACAGUUAUAGGGGAACAGGAGGGAUUUUUGAGGUUUGCUGGAAUGCAGCAGGAGACAAAGUUGGAGCAAGUGCUUCAGAUGGUUCAGUUUGUGUAUUAGACCUACGGAAAUAGCGCUACUAGUUGGAAGCCAUGGACCGACUAUGAAUGUGUACAUAGCCAAAAUGACUGUCCCUGACCCAUGUACUGCUAUAGUCCCAAUUGAACCAUGGCCAGUCCACUACAGCCAAACGUAAAAGAAAUAUAUACAUAUACUGUAUAUAAAAUAAAAAAAAGUUACACCCUGAAGAGGAUGACAGAGUUUUGUCACAGCUUGUGAAUCCCAUUCACCAAGUGCUGGAAUCUGCUGUGCCCCAAAAUAACAUUUUAAUGUUUUGGAUAUGAAAAACAGAAGAGAGAGCGAGAGAGAGAGAAAUAUACCGUAUACAAGAGCAGACCCAUAUACAUACCAAAUUCAGAAGAUAUAAUGGCAGCCUUCAUUACCCCUUUUCCCCUUUUAAUCCGCUAUGACAAUGGAUUGUGGGGUAUCUCUUUUUUUAUUUUCCUUUUCAGUAGUUGAGCAGUUUGUGUGUACAGAGAAAACGGACUUACAGAAAUCUGCAGCAGUAGUUUUUUCUUUGCUUUUAACCAUUGGGUUUUCUAUUUUGUUUUGGUUAAGUUUACGGAUGCAUGAAGUAAGGGAGUGAAUUAGUUUCUUGUUUAUGUUUUUUUUUUUUUAUCACCUUG